GCUAGCUACGCUCCGAUACAGACGAAUAAGGAGGGGUCGUCAGGGGGCGGGGCCACACAGUGGGAGGAAGCACGGAGAGCUAACCUCUAUGGAGCUAACAGGAACCUAAAUGGUGAUGAGACAGCGUCAUUUCUUUGUCAUGAUCCAAAGUCCAACUGUUGCAACAACUUGCAACAACUUCAGCUACGGAAAGGACCGGAAAGGAUUUAUCGGGAAAAGGACUUAAAAUUAUGGGCUCAACACUUACGAAGGAUGACUAAUAUUCACCUGUACAGGGACUGAUCCACUGAGGCCUAAGGAUGGUAAAAAGUGUCAUGGUAGCCUAUGCCCUGUGGGCAGCAGGUGGGCCUUUGGGCCUUCACCAUUUAUAUUUAGGAAGAGACAGCCAUGCUCUGUUAUGGAUGCUAACCCUGGGAGGAUUUGGGUUUGGCUGGGUCAGAGAGGUCAUACGUAUUCCUGCAUAUGUUGGUCAGGCCAAUCAAAAUGUAGAGAAAGAGAGAAAAACACCUCCCACCAUGGUUCCACCUGUAAGCCCUGUCAGAUUUGCUGGACAGGUGUGUGUUGGAAUCUACUUUGGCACAGUGGCUCUGAUUGGUCUGAACUCCCUCAGUUUCUUCUACUUGAUCGUCCUGCCUUUAUGUGUGGGUGCAGGGGUACACCUGGUGUCCUGUAUUGGCCAGCAGACUUCUGAUCUCCAAAAAACCUUGACUACUUGUCUCAUAACCUCCCCAAUAUUUUAUGGCAGUGCCUUAUCACCUCUUCCUAUAAGCCUGGCUGCCAGUGUCACUGCUGCACAGUACCGCAGGGUCAAACCUCCACAGACACCUGGGAGCACACAGAAACUAGGUCCACGGCUUUACAGGCUCGGUCUAGCCUGGCUGGCCUUCUCUGCUCCACUGGGUUACUCUAUUUUCCAUAACACCACAGCCACACUGUACUACCUGUCUGACUGUGUAGCAGCGCUGCUGGAUAUGUUCUGGUUCCUGCCUUGGCUCAGAAAUGUCUUUGAGUACAUUCUUUUAAUACCAUAUCGACUCUUGUGUGUUCUCACUGGAGGGGGGUACUAUGAAGAUGCUUGGAGGAAGGUGCUGGAGAUACUGCUCAAAGAGUACACUGAGAGAGAAAAAGAGGCACUGCAGGUACUGUCAUUGGAAGUAGAGGCAUCUCUAGAAGACAUAACUCGCAGCUAUAGGGAGCUGGUCAAGACAUGGCAUCCAGACCACAACCCCAGCGAGGAUGCUGAGGCCAUGUUUAUGAAGAUCCAUGAGGCUUAUGAGGUCCUUCUACAACGGCACAAACCUCGUCGAUUCAAAUAAUUGCCUGCCCAUUUCCAACUGACUGGCGUGUUCAGUUGUGAGGGCACAGUGAGGCUCUUGAUCACAUUGUUUUUUAGUCAGUUUUAUAUUGUUCAUGGAAAAUAAAUCAAGAGCAUGCACACAGA